CGUAGAUUUCCUGAUUCAUCAUAAAACGAACAUAAGCCAAUAAUAAUGCUGCAUUAUCAGGUAAAGUUGACUCGUCCAGUUGUAUAGAGAAAUGGGUCUAUUGUUGCUCAAGGGAAUUCUUUUAAUGAUAUCAGAUGCAGGUUUGUGUAAAACAGUUUUUAAAACCUUUUCAACGGCUGGCAAAAUUAACUUCUCUCCGAUAGUAUGGGGUUUUCCGGAUUUUGCUAUAAGUAACGAGAUAUUGUAAGACGCCCGCAAACCAUCAUCAUUUCUUUGUGACGUCGAAGCGAACAUUCUGUCCAGUGUAG